UUGAUCUUGGGCCGCGGCUUCCCGGGAGCGUGGGGAAAGAGGACAGAAAGGGGGCUGUGUCCCCGGGUGGUGACGUCCAGACUCAUUGGAGCUCCAACUACAAACCAGAGGAGAAAAGUCAGCGCUCUCUUCUCAUCUGUGCCUGCCCAGAGCCGUGCUGGCAGCCAGAGGGGAUCCCUUUGAUCUGCCUGGGGAGCGAGGAGGGCUGGGGGCCACCACAGCAGAGCAGACACCAAGGGCCAUUUACUGGGAUUGUCAUCUAGCUCCCUCAUCUGUCACCUGAUGGCCAGCCAGGCAAGCGCUCACCACAACUGUGGACUCUUCAUCCUUGCACAACUUGUGGAGGCAAGAAAACACUAAUAGCUCCAGGGGAAAGCGUUGCAUUGUCUGCCAUGAGCUACUUCCUGUCCUACUGCAAAGCACACUGCACCGCCGUGCUCGCCCAAUACCAGAGCCUGAGGUCAGAGGGCUUUCUCUGUGACAUUCUGCUGAAAGUGAAGGAAAACGAGUUUCCUGCACACAAGUCCUUGCUGGCAUGCUCCAGCGACUACUUCCGAGCCAUGUUCAAAAGCUACACCCAAGAGUCUAAAGCCAGUGUCAUUCACCUACAAGUUGUCUCACCCACCGGGCUCCAGCACAUCCUGGAUUUCAUUUACACAUCCUUCCUGCCCCUUUCCUUUGAGAGCCUGGAGGAUACCUUGGAAGCUGCAAGCUACUUACAAGUGACUGAUGCUAUUGGCUUGUGCAAUCAGUACAUGGUUAACAAUCUUGCCUUGGAAAACUGCUGCUUCUCUGCCAAUGUGGCCAGGAAGUUCUACCUGCCAGAUGCCCUAGCAGCCACAGAAAAAUACAUUAUCAAAAAUAUCUGGAAGCUGCUGGAUGUGGAUUUGCCAGGACUUCUCGAGCUGAACUUCAGGUCUUUGCUAGCAGUGAUUCAAUCACCAGAUCUCCCCAUGGUAGAGGAAUGCCGCCUGUUGAAUCUUGUCCUGCUGUGGUUGAAGCAGGAUAAAUCCAGGCUGGAUCAUGCAAGCAGCCUUUUAGAGCACAUAAGAUAUGGUCUCAUCCCAGUGGAAGAGCUGAGAAAAACCUACACGCAGUCAGAAGUGUCCCUCUCAGCAGGUAUUAAGUGCCUGAUCAUAAAAGCAAUAAAUUAUCACACAUCUGUAUUCAAACAGCCUGUCCUGCAGGAUAAGUCCACCACACUGAGGAACCAGAAAACUCGGAUCAUUCUGCUGGGGGGAGGCACAGCAAGCGAGGGGCUCGUCACCGACGUGGUGGCCUUUGAUGUUUACAAUCACAAAUGGAGAACCCUCACACAGCUGCAGGACAGAGUGCAGAACCACUGUGUGUGUGUGGUGGGGAACUUCCUCUACAUCCUGGGUGGGGAGAUACAAAGUGGUACCCUGGGUGAUGCUAAAAUUGGACAGACCUUAUUGGUUACAAACAAGGUCCAUCGGUAUGAUCCAAGGUUUAACACAUGGACCCAAAUCACGGGCAUGCUGGAAAAGAGAUGCCAGUUUUCUUGCUGCGUCCUAGGCAAGGAUAUCUUUGCCAUUGGUGGAAGGGGUGAGGACGGGUCGCUGCAUUCCUCUGUGGAAGUCUAUGAUAUCAGCAGGGACAGAUGGACGAAGGCCAGGGAAUUGCCAUGCAGGAUACAUGGCCAUGCCAGCGCUGUUUGCAAGAACACCAUAUACAUCUCUGGGGGCAAGUACUCGGCCCCAGCCAGCACAAGCAAUGAGGUUUAUUCUCUGAGCUCACUUGAAGGGCAGUGGGUGAAACGCGCCCCAAUGAGCAUUGCUCGGUUUGGGCAUCAGAUGGCAACAAUCAGGGGAUCCAUAUUCACCUUUCUGGGAUUAUAUGAACCUUUCUCUGAAAUAGAAAGGUACGACCCAGACCAAAACCAAUGGACUCGGUUAAGACCACUGGUCUACGAUCGAUUCUCCUACGGGCUGGCAGUGGUAGAGGAAACAGCUCUUCUCAUCGGGGGGAAGAAAUGGCAAAACUCUCUGGAGGUCUCCACGCAAGACGUGGUGGGCUACGACAUCGACAGGGACGGCUGGGAGGAGAUCUGCAAGGCGCCCGCGCCGUGGUGCGGGCUGCAGUGCGCCGUGCUCCAGCUGCCCGCGGCGCCCGAGGAGCAGGACAGCGACUGCCAGCACAGGAAACCGCCCGGCUGCUGAGCAGCACCAGCCCGGAGAGCGGCGAGCUGCAGGCCUGCAGAACAAGGAAACUGCACCGGGGCUGAACCCCAGAGCGGAAGUUCUGCUUGGAUAAGCCAAAUGCUUGGUGGAAACAGGCAAGAAAAUCUGGCUCCAGCACAGGAAAGACAUCUAGGGUUUAUAAAGCUGGAAGCUGAUCUCACUGAGCAACGAUGUAGGAAGUAGCACCUUUAGAGGCGACGAGUGAGAACUGUAAUCCUUGACUUUUGGGUAAUACCUAGAUAGCAAUUAGUAGGUGUUGCAAGUUGGAUUUUUCAAAUAUUAAAAAAUAUAAUCCAUCUUUUCUGUUUUCUUAAUCAGAGGUAAUUCUCCCAGCUGGUAAGUGCUAUUGAGUUUUUAUGCUAUGGCUAAGCAAAAGGAAAGCUGUAUAAAGACUAGAAAAUUGAUGCCUAGAAGAAAUAGUAGCAAGUAUUGCCAAGGAAAAGGUAUUAUUUUAUAUACUAUGUACUAGGCAAGAAUGUCUUAGCUCACCAGCAUGAAAUUACUGGACAGAAAGCAUGGACUUUUCACUACAUAGACUCAGAUGAAAGUUAAAACAGUAUUUGUUUGAUAGAAGCCAUUUCUCUCUCAGUGGUCUUUGUUGUAGAACACUUCCAGAUGUUCAUUUCAUUUAUUUUAAGGAUGC